GCCCAAGCGAGCGACGCCGACGCCGACACCCACACCAUGGCCAAGCCAAACCCCGCCGAGCCGGCUGCCGAGGAGGGCGGUGCGGCCGUGCCGCCGCAGCCGGAGCAACCGGAGGUCGUGACGCCGCCCCACGAGGACCCCCCGCCGCCAUACUCCGUGGUGGCGCGCCUGCCUCCCACGCCGACGCCGCGGACGUCGGUGUUGGCGCGCGGGGUGCGCGCUCUGUCCACCGUGACCUCGGAGGCGGCGUCCACGCUGACGUCCCUGCCCGAGGCCGCCUGGACGCGCUCGCACCUGUACCUGCCGCUGGUGGUGCCGCCUAGCCUGCCCGCCUCGCCCGGGGGAAGUCCCUGCUGCUCCAACUGCGUGGCCGCGGCGAGGCUCGCCUGCACCCCCACGACCCCGCAAGGCCCGCACGGCCCGCACGCCGCGUUCUGUGAGGCGUGCACGUCCGCGUCGACCACCCCCACCAACGAGACGUGCAGCACGUCCUGCCUCACCUCCACCACGACGUCGUCCUGCGCCAACUGCCUCUCCGCCGCCACGACGCGCGCCAUCCCCGCUUGGGGCGGUGUUGUCCAGGGGGCGGACGCCCACACCUGUCCUCCUGUCCACGCCCACCACGCCCACCACGCCCACCUCGCCCACCUCGCCCACACGCCGCCCGCAGACUGGCCCUCGCCAUCGCCGGCAGCCGCGUCCUUCCUUCCGGGGCCAGCUGGGCCAGCCGCGAUCGUCCUCACACCUGUUGCCGGCCCAGUGGGCCCAGUGGGGCUGACCCAGCUCACGUGCACAGCGGCGGGUUCACUUGCGCCCGGCACGGCACCGGCAGCAGGGGCCGCCCUCACACCCGAGCCUGAGGUGCACAAUCAUGCAGAAGCCGCCCCGGCCGAGACGGAGACGGCCAAACCGUCCGUCGUCGCCAGACAAGUGUCGACGGGCCAGGCGGUGACGGUGGCAAGCGGAGCCUUGAGCGGAGCAGGCAGAGCGCGCGGCGUACCCGCAUCCAAGUUGUAUGGCAGCCUGGACAGUGAAAGCGCCUUCCCGCCAUUAUCGUCCUUUAGACUGUUGACCCCGUGGCAGAAAAAAUUACUUAUUUUCGCGAUAGUCUGGACAGCGUUGAUUGUAUUUGCCGGUAUUCUGGGCUGCUACCUCAUCUCAUUUGGUCCUGCCAAUUUUGAUUCCAAUGACGAUCAAUCCACUAUUAACUGGUUCCAGAGUGUCAGACGCGCAGACAGAAGCACCGCGCCUAAUCAGGGCACCUUAUAUAGGGCAUCCAAAUAUGAAGUUUAGUAUAAUUUAUAGCUUUAAGACAGAUUUAAAUAAAACCAGUGUUUUUUUAAUUUUUUA